UACCCUAGCGAUUGGGUAGUGUCAAGUGUAUUGAGAGUUGAACUGAAUGACGUUUUUUGGAAGUUUAUUAACAUGAUAAUAGCCUAAAUAAUUUCUCGCUCCGUUAUUAUAGGCUGCAAGAACCAGCCAUCUUUGUCUUAUAUUAAAAAAAAAAGAUAAAAACAAAAAAUACAUUGCGGCGGUAAAUUUAAAACUUUAUACAUUUUGUGCAAAAACGUUGUAUUUAUACAUUUAAUAAAAUAAAUUUAACAUCUAAGUACUUUCUAUGGUAUAAUUUUCUCAAUUUCAUUAAAUUAUGUACUUAUACUGUCAGAUUAAAAUCUUGGUUAAGUAUCAUCAACACAAAAAAUUUACCAACCUAAUAAACCUUGUAGCUUUCCGCUCUAUUUUAAGACUAAUAUUGUCAUCUCUCAAAACAGUGAACUGAAAGUUUUGUAACAAAAUAUUACUGGCACGGAAAACAAUUCUCAUUUCGCCCAGCUGGACUAUGAAUGCAAUUCAUUGGCUCGUUUGUGUAGAAGAAUUUGUGUUGUUUGAAUGGUAAAUGAAUAAUCCAAUUAUGUUUAAACUAAAAUUGGUGUAAAAAGUGAAAGGUAUUUAAUUUCUAUAUAAUUUGGAGAUUUCUAUUGCAAGAAUAAAAUGCCGCUUACGUUAAACUCGAAAGUGGUGAGUAUUACACAAUAACCUAACUUUUUAAAAUUUAAAGUUCUAAAAUAUUCGUAUCGCCCAUACUGAUUAUUUUAUCAUUAUCCGAUAAAUUAUCUGAUCGAUAAAUAGUAUCUAUAUAAGAUUAGGUUACUUAGAUUUAAAUUUUAAUCGAGCAACAUGAGUGAAACUAUCGGUACGGUUAGUAAUUCAUGAUGGAUCAUCGAACUUCGUGUGUUGUCUCUCAUUCCUAAUUCAUAAACAUUUGCAUAAUCACCGUGAUCGUGGACCUUCUGCGAUCAUUUGACUAAUUUUGUAUAAACUCAAUGUUGUGUGUGUGUAACUACUAAGUUCCCCUAUUAAAUAAAAUUGUCUGUCAUUGAGAUGACGUCGCAUCAUGAUUAAAUCCUCACUCAAGAUAACAAGUUCACGAAAUUCUUAGUUACCUAGUAUAUUUUCGUGCUCAAUUCAAUGUUUGUGUAAAUUUUUACUACACAUAUUAAGUACAUCCAAAAACAUGAGUGAUUUAAAAUUUGUAGUAACAGAAUUCCUGGAGAAGCAACAUAUCUUACCAGUGGUGGUGGGAGUUGGAUCAGUAAUAGUAUUAGUUACUGUGGUUGCAAACUGCUUAUGGGGAAGAAAAAGUAAAAAACAGGUGAAGAAGAUGUUAGUUGAUCCCAACAUCAAAUAUCCAUUGCCCCUAAUAGAGAGAGAAGAAAUCAGCCAUGACACAAGGAGGUUCCGUUUUGGUUUAACAUCAGAAGAGCAUGUUCUAGGAUUACCCAUUGGUCAACACAUACAUUUAUCAGCAAAAAUUAAUGAUGAUCUAGUCAUAAGAGCAUACACCCCGGUUUCAAGCGAUGAAGAAAAGGGCUACGUUGAUUUAGUAAUUAAGGUGUACUUCAAAAAUGUUCACCCUAAGUUCCCAGAGGGAGGAAAAUUAUCUCAAUACAUGGACAACAUGAAACUUGGUGAUACUAUUGAUGUUCGAGGUCCUUCUGGAAGACUGCAGUAUAUUGGAAAAGGGACAUUCCUCAUAAAGAAAUUGAGAAAGGAUCCCCCUGUAAAAGUUGUAAUGAAGAAACUAAAUAUGAUUGCAGGUGGCACUGGCAUCACGCCAAUGCUACAACUGGUGCGACAUAUAUGCCGUGACAUCAAUGACCAGACUGAACUGAGACUGCUGUUUGCUAAUCAAACCGAAGAAGACAUCCUUUUGAGAGACGAGCUUGAGAAAUACCAAAGGGAAUAUCCGAAUCAAUUCAAGCUGUGGUACACCAUCGACAGACCUGGUGAAGGUUGGAAGUACAGCACCGGUUUCAUUAACGAAGAUAUGAUCCGGGAUCAUCUGUUCCCUCCAGGAGAAGAUGUUAUUACACUUAUGUGCGGACCACCUCCCAUGAUCAAUUUCGCCUGCAAUCCUGCCUUAGAUAAACUGGGAUACCAAGAGUAUCUGCGCUUUGCUUAUUAAUAGAAAAUAAACAAUUCCUAGCGGUAUGUAGCAAUCGUAAUAAUCAAUAUUUUUUAUUAUUAUAGAUACUUUUCAAUAUAAAAGAUAAGGGAUCAGUUUUUUUUUAUGAAAAUUGUCUGCAAUCAUAUUGUAUGCAUUUACACAAAUCUGUUCAUUAUAAGUCGUACUGUUACUAUUGCCAAUGUGAGAUGAUAAUGUUUGAUAAUGUGAGGUGUUUACUGUUAGUUGAAUAGAAGCAAUAGAUUUAGUGAUGUUGCAUGUUAUUGUGUAUUAUUCUAAAUAAAUUAUUUUAUUUUUGUAAGUGUGAUUAUUUAUAUCCCGUAUCAGAUUCGUAAAU